AUGGAUCCUAAGUUACAAGACGAAUCUGACAAAACUGACCCAGAAUUACAGGAAUUACAAGAAGAGUCAUCGGAGGCUAUCCUUAUGGACGAUGAAGAUGAAAUAGAGGAGCUACACAACAGUUUAAAGGAAGUAGUACAAGAUCCAUCUGUGAAGCCUAAACUCCAGUGUCUGAUGGUGGAUCCAUCCUUCUCCAUGGUGACGGUUCAAAGUGAGGAUAGUGGGAUAGUAUGGGAGACUGCGUCCAGCAGGUGCUCUACGCCCUGGGCCUCCGACGCCAGCUCCACCUCAGAGUCGUAUAAUGUGGAGGGCUCUGGAAAGCAGGGCAAGAUUGUCAUCAUUAUGGACGAGGAGAAAGUGAUUAGGAAAAGGAAAAGAACAAGCAGCAGAGGCAAGUUGGGUGAGCGUUUGAAGAGGCCUAGCUCCAGACUGUCAGGUGGUGGAAGUGCCAUAGGAACAGAAAGGCCUGCAAUGACUGAAGUGUCUGUGCCCAAUAUAAGAUCAGAAAACCCUGAAGAUGGCCAGCCAACGGAAAGUAAAGUGGAUAAGGAUCAAGAUUUAUUUAACCUCAUUUCUGAGGGCUAUGAAAUACUUAAUAUAGUUGUUCCCUCAAGGCUUCCUACAGUAGAUGAGGAAGAUAGCACUGAAUUGGCAGACAAUUUAUCCUACUUGGAAGAUACCCCAAAGAUAAAAUCAAAGUGUAAGCAUCAUGACACAAAACUUGUAGAAAGCCACUCUGCAGCUGUAGGGAUAGAUGUAAUCGAAGUAAAGGAAGAUCAGAGAGACCAGGGUUCUUCUCCAGCUGCAGAUAAUAAACAGACUAAGAAGGAUACAACGGGCGAUAUGGAUUAUUUAGAGAAAUUCACGCUACUUGACCCAAACAUGCCUGAAGAAUUACUUGCUGAUGAUGAUGAAGAGGAGCCAGAACGCCUAAGCGUUCAACCGGACGAGCCAUUAAAAACUACAGAGGAACCUUCUGAAUCAUUGGACGAUAGUUUCGUCAUCGUCACUGAUGUUGAAAUACUCAAUGACCAUCUUGACGACGUAUUUUAUGGAAACACCCAUGAGCCAACUGAUGAGUCACCAAAUGAAGACACUAGGCAUGACACAAGUGAAACCGCUAAGCCUCUGAAGGAGAGUGGAUCUAGAUUGUUUGGGAGCGAAGAGGAUAUUCUAACACCUAUUUUCCUUUCACCGGGCCCACCAAAAAUUAUAGAUCCUAUUCUCCUCGAGGAGCCAACUGCACUGUCAUUCCACUACUCAGACCUGUAUGAGGAUGCUGUCGGUGACAGGAGGAAGGAUGAUGACCACUCAGAUGCAGAGAGCAACAUAUCUGAAAAGUCAUUCAAAAGACGGCUGUCUGAUUCAGAUGAUGCAGACGGCUAUCUGGAGAAAUUCAUUUUGAAGGAUGAGACUCCAGCGGUUGAAGAUCCACCUGAUGUAGAAGACACAGCAGAAGAUAGAACAAUAUGGCCGCAAAGUAAAUUUGAGCUGACUGGUUCUUUAGUACGGGUGAGGGAAGAAAAGGAAUCAGAGGAGGAAAUAAGUUCAGGCAAAACAAACAUAGAGGAGAAAGGUGAACAUGGACAAGCCAUCACUGAGCAGACAGAAGCUGCAGAUUUCACAGAGGAGGAAGACUGCAGUAAAGCACAAGCCACUGAAGCUGGGAUAGCGAUCAGUGAAGACAGUGUGCUGCAGGCUGAGGAUUCCACUGAGACGCUUAAAGCGAUGGUUAAAGAAGAAAGCAAGGACAGUGCUGGUGCUCAGGAGGUCAAAAGCUUGACUGAGACCGUUGUUGCUGAUUGUGAAGAACAACAACAUGCGACGGAAAUUCUUGAGCCUGUAAGUCAUGAAGGAGGUAAAACAGAUGUGGAAGAAGAUGCUGAGAAACUAGGAAGUGUGUGUAAAACAGAAGACAUCAAAAGUGACAUUCAGGAAUCCGAAAGCAUUGUGAAAGAAGCUACUAGUGAUUUGAAAGGAAAAGCUGAGGUGCCACAAGAAGAACGAGAUGUUGACAAACCAGAGGAAACGGCCACUCUUGCAUCAUCUGUUGCUUCUGAAUCUGUCCAUGCUGAUGGUGCAUCUGAAAAAGAACAUACAGAGCCCAAUGCAGCAGCUGAGAGUCAAGGACCUGAAAUAGUCACUGAAGAGUUAACCACAGAUAAAGAAGAAAUAAAGAUUUCAGAUAUAGUUAUACAACCUGCCGUAGAGGAGGUAAAGGCAGAUGACACCACUGAAAAUGCAACUACAGUGGAUGAACCAGUGAUCAUGAUCCAUGACAGUAGAAAAGAGCUGCCAGAUGAACAAAUGGAAUUAGCUACCAUGGCAACAGAACAAGAGAAAAGAGAGGGAGAGGUCAAACAUUCUGAUCAGGCACUGGCAGAGAUUCAGGGUCCUGAAAGUGUUCCUCAGGAAGAAAUCCCCAGCAAAAUUUCAAAACAUAAACCUGAAAUGAUGGAGAACGGACAGGUGCAAGAAAAAAUUGAGAAAGUGAGAGAUGUAGUUGAGAUUCAGACAGAAGAGAUUAAACAUUCUAGUGAGGCGGCUGGAGAGAUUCGUGGGCCUGAAACAGUAAGUCAGCAAGAUAAACCCGAAGUGAUCGAACAGGGACAGGUUCAAGAAGAAUUAGGGGAAGUAAGCGAUGCAGUUCAGCUUGAGACCGAAGAGAUCAAACAUUCUAGUGAAGCAUCCACAGACACACAUGGGCCUGAAACAGUAAGUCAGCAAGAUAAACCCGAAGUGAUUGAAAAGGGACAGGAUCAAGAACAAUCAGGGGAAUUGAGAGAUGCAGUUCAGCUUGAGACCGAAGAGAUCAAACAUUCUAGUGAAGCAUCCACAGACACACAUAGGCCUGACACAGUAAGUCAGGAAGAUAAAUCUGAAGUGAUUGAAAAGGGACAGGAUCAAGAACAAUCAGGGGAAUUGAGAGAUGCAGUUCAGCUUGAGACCGAAGAGAUCAAACAUUCUAGUGAAGCAUCCACAGACAUACAUAGGCCUGACACAGUAAGUCAGGAGGAUAAAUCUGAAGUGAUUGAAAAGAAACAGGUUCAGAGCAAAUUAGAGGAGGUGAAGGAUGCAGCUAUAUCACCUGAGAUACAAACUGAAGAGGUCAAAGUAGAGUCAGCAACAGAGAUUAAAGACUCUGAAACCGUAAGUCAGGAAGACAAACCCGAGGUGAUUGAAAAUGGACAGGUUCAGGACAAGUCAGAGGAAAUAAAAGAUGUAGCUCAUCUCAACACUGACAAGACCAAACAUUCUAGUGAGGCAUCCACAGAGAUGCAUGGGCCUGAAACAGUAGGUAAGGAAGGUAAACCUGAAGUGAUCAUACAUGGACAGGUUCAGGACAAAUUAGAGGAGGUUAAGGAUGCUGCUAUGUCAGAUGAGGUACAAGCUGAAGUGGUCAAAACAGAGACAGCAACAGGCAUUAAAGGGCCUGAACCUGUAAGUCAGGAAGAAAGCCCCAGUGCAGUUUUAGAAGUUAAACCUGAAGUAGUUGAGAAUGAACAGGCUCGUGGCAAAUUAGACGAAAUAAUGGAUACGACUACACCAGCUGAAAUUCAGGUGCCAGAGAGUGAAAAGCAGGAUCUACCUGGAGAUGAAGCGAAAACUACAGUAGACACUGUUAGUGAGAUACAAGAACCUGAAAUAAUUGAGGAUAUCAAAGCAGAUCUCACAGAAAAGAAAGAACAAGAAUUUGAGAUUGUGAUGGAGACUCCAUCAGUUCAGGAAACAGAAAUACUAGCUGAUGUCCCCAAAGAUGAAGAAACAAAGGAAACAGAUACAAUAAAUUGCACAGCUGCUCAUAGUGUUCAGGAUGGUGUACAGCAUGAAGUCAUUCCAGAUAGCCACAUACCAGAGAAAUCAGCUGUCCUCAGUGAAACAAACAAAGAUAUAGGUUUGGGAAAUGAGAUGGCCAGAGAUGACAAUCGUAAAGCCAUUGAUGAUCUAGUCAGAGAGGAUCAAAUUGAAUCAACAGUUAUGGUUUUGAAAGAUACACACACUGAUUCCAUAGUGGAAGCCCCAGCCAAGACUGAGGAGACAGAGGUGUUGACACCCCUUGUGCCAACAGAACCAAUAAACAAAAAGGAAAAGAGUGACAAGACUGGCAGUGUUUCACACGAUCUACCAUCUGAUACCAUAACAGAAACCCCUGAGAUGAUUUCUCCAAGUCCAAAAGCAGCGAUAGGAGACUCAUCACCGAGAGUGUCACCUCUAGUUCCGAAAGAGGGUAAAGAUCAUAAGGAGGCCAAUGAACCGGAAAGUAUUUUAAAUGACAGACACACAGAUGUCCUCAUAGUUCCAGAGAGAGUGUCUGCUGUUCCAGAGGUGGAGGUAGAAGAAUCAUCUACAAUGAGGGUAUCGCCAACGGACGAAAUUGAAGGAAGCGAUGAAGAGGCCGAUCAAAGGAUGGAAUUUGAAGACAGGAGCCUGUUUUCACCACUCAGGAGUUUUACCCCUCUGGAGGAUCUGUCUGGCUUUGGUCAAGAGAUCACAGAACCUGAGUUUCCCCAAUACGGAGACGCUCAUGACAAAACAGCAGAGGAGCUGGACUAUGAGAUGGUCUCUGAAAAAGAAGUGAGACAGUCUGAGGCUGAAAUAACCAAAAUCAAAGAAAACAAGGAACACCUGGAACUCCACCAUGUUGAAAAAGAUGUUCUAGACCAUCCUGCUGAUCAAUCAGUUGAAGCAGAGUAUGAGUUCGUUGAAGGUGGGGAUAGUGCCCAAGUGACAUUGGAUAGACAAUUUGAAGAGGAAGGAGGAGCUCAAGCUGUGGAUACUUUCUGCCUUUCCUGUCGUUCGCCCAUCUCGGCAAUUGAUAAGCUUUUUGGUGCACAUCAAAAUCAUGAAGUGUGCACAUUGGACAAGGCUUAUGAUGACAUCAAGAAUAAACUGAGUGAGUGGAUAUCUGUUUUGCAAGAAAGAUAUGAAAAUGUUGAGGACUUCGUCUCAGAACUUGAGCUGGCUUACAACUCAGUGGAGGAACACUUUAAGAGCAGAGAGCAGGCCAUGGAGGCACAGAAUGAGGAGGUGCUGAAACUGGUGAUGGACCAGUACAAUGAGAUGUCUCAGGCUAUGGAGGAAGAAAAGAAGACUAAGUUAGAGCAGCUCUACGAUCAGAUUGUCUCCUUCCAGGAAAACAUUGACUCUGCUAAAGAGACCUUGGAGAAGACUGCUAAGGAUAUGGAUGAGUCAGAUAUGGACGAGUCAGACCAGCUUGCUUUUGUGACUUCGUCCAAAGACAUUGACACAAGGCUCAGUGCGGCUUUGGAAUCCACCAUGUCUCUGGAGCUGGGCCCACGAGGUCUGCCUGUGUUUGAAGACUAUGCCAAGGGCUCCUCCGGAAAUGGCCAGAAAAAUCGCCAAGCUAUUCCAGUGCCUCAAAAACCACACCUCCAGGCUCAGGAGGCAAAUUCUGCCACCAGCACCUCUGUCACUGUCUAUUGGACAGUUAAUGAAGGAGAUAUUAUCGACUGCUUCCAGGUCUACUGCAUGGAAGACCCACAGGGAGCCAUCUCUGAAGAGUACAGAGUGACUGUGAAGGAGAGCUACUGUACUCUGGAGGACCUGGAGCCAGAUAAGUGCUAUAAAGUGUGGGUGAUGGCUGUGAACUACACAGGUUGUAGCCUACCCAGUGAGAGACUGUCCUUCAGAACGGCCCCAUCUGUGCCCGUGAUCCAAACUGAGAAUUGCACUAUUCUUUGGGACUCCGCCACCCUUCGCUGGAGCUCUCCUCAGCCCAGUGCUGUGGAUAGCUACACCCUGGAGUACUGCCGCCAGUACGCCUGUGAGGGAGAGGGGCUAAGGUCCAUAUCUGGAAUAAAGGCAUGUGAACAUAAGGUCCUCCUGUUGCCCAAUGAGAAUUACCUCUUCUACAUCAAAUCUGUUAAUGGAGCUGGGUCUAGUGAACAGAGUGAAGCUGCUCUCAUCUCUACUAGAGGCACAAGGUUUCACUUACUGAAGGAAACAGAUAACUCAGUGCUUCAAGUUUCAGAGGACAGCAACUCAGUACGCUACCCAGCAGAAACGUUCCACGAGAUGUCUUCUCUCAUCGAGUGUCCAGAGGUACUGGGAGAGCUUUUGCCCCCAGUUGGACAUUAUUACUGGGAGACAGUGGUGGCAGGCUGCAAAGCCUAUCGGAUUGGCGUAGCUUAUCAUGGACUUCCCCGUGACAGCCCCGUGGGUGAAAACAGUGCCUCCUGGUGUCUCCACUGCGUACCUACAUCCAUUAGCUGCAGGUUCGAACUCCUCCACAACAGUGUGCAGUCAGAUAUUUUUGUGACUGAUGUGCCUGCUUGCAUUGGCACGCUGCUGGACUUCACCCAAGGCAAAUUGUUCUUCUUCAACACUAAGAAUGGGCAGCAGCUUGGCUCUUUCCAACACAAGUUCACACAGCCCUGCCAUGCUGUGUUUGGCCUGGAGAACCCUGGGAACCUGGAUCUGCACAUGACAUUGGAGGCACCAGAGUUUGCUAAGCAUUGCUAA